AUGGCCUCGUGGAAACUCGCCGGCGCUGUCCUUCGAGGACUCCGUCAGUCCGCACAGUCUUCGAUUCGACAGAAUGGAGCCACACUAUCGCCAUUCAUUACUAGCGCUGUGAGGCCCGGAAGGGGUAGCAGUGGUGUUCAGAAUGUUUAUGGGAAUAUCAGACAGAUGGCUACUUUCGAGAGAAAGAAGCCGCACGUUAACAUCGGUACCAUUGGACACGUCGAUCACGGAAAGACAACUUUGACAGCUGCCAUCACAAAAGUUCAGGCCAGCAAAGGUCUCGCCAAUUUCUUGGAUUAUGCCUCGAUCGAUAAAGCACCCGAAGAAAAGGCCCGUGGUAUCACAAUCUCGACUGCACAUUUGGAAUACGAAACUCCUUCUCGCCAUUACUCCCACGUCGACUGUCCCGGUCACGCCGAUUACAUCAAGAACAUGAUUACUGGUGCCGCGAGUAUGGAUGGUGCUAUUAUUGUCGUUGCCGCUUCCGAUGGUCAGAUGCCUCAAACCCGAGAACAUCUUCUCCUCGCCCGUCAAGUUGGUGUCCAAAAGAUCGUCGUCUUCGUCAACAAAAUCGAUGCCGUAGAAGACCCCGAAAUGUUGGAACUCGUCGAAAUGGAAAUGCGUGAACUCCUCGGUACUUACGGUUUUGACGGCGAUGAGACUCCUAUCAUCAUGGGUUCCGCUCUCUGCGCUCUCAACGGUACAAAGCCCGAUAUUGGUGAAUCCAGAAUCGGUCAAUUGAUGGAAGCCGUUGACACCUGGAUCCCAACUCCCGAACGUGACCUCGACAAGCCUUUCCUUCUUUCCGUUGAAGAUGUUUUCUCCAUUUCUGGACGUGGAACUGUGGCUACCGGAAGAGUUGACCGUGGUCAGUUGAAGAAGGGAGAGGAAGUCGAACUUGUCGGUAUGCAGAAGGAACCUAUCAAGACUACUGUUACCGGUAUGGAGACUUUCAAGAAGGAGUUGGAUUCUGCACAAGCUGGUGAUAACUCUGGAUUGUUGCUCCGUGGUGUUAAGAGGGAGGAUGUCAAGAGGGGGAUGGUUAUUGCUAAGCCAGGAACUAUCAAGGCAGCCAACAAGUUCAUGUGCUCGAUGUACGUUUUGAGCAAGGAGGAAGGUGGACGACACACUGGAUUCGGAAAUCACUACAGGCCGCAGAUGUACAUCCGAACUGCUGAUGUUGCUGUCGGUCUUCAGUUCCCUCCUGGAACCGAGGACGCCGAUGGAAAGAUGGUCAUGCCUGGUGACAAUAUUGAGAUGGUUGCUGAUUUGCACGUUCCAAUGGCCAUUGAGCCUGGUCUUCGUUUCAACAUCCGUGAGGGUGGAAGGACAGUCGCCACAGGUCUGGUUACCCAGAUCUUGUAA